AUGCGAGCUGAGGGAAGUUGGCUUCUGUUCCUUAUUUUGCUUCUGUCUUUACUGUUUCAUCCUCAUCCUGUACUGGCCUUUUCACUGAAAAACUGCACCAUUCUCUUUUCUGAAAAUGUAAAUAAUCAGUGGGUUACAUGCCAUGAGCAAAACCUCGCUACUAUUCCAGAUGACAUUCCCAGAAAUGCGGUAUCACUAGAUCUCAGCUCAAAUCACCUUUCACAGAUCACCAGAAAAGAGUUAGGAUGUUUUCCAAAGCUCCUCUCCUUAAAACUUCAUUACAAUUCGAUUUCACACAUUAAUGAUGGAGCUUUUGCCGACUUGGUAGAGUUAAGAACCCUUUUCAUGGAUUUUAAUCAACUCACAAACCUGACAGACAACAUGUUUCAAGGACUGUCCAAAUUAGAGACACUAGAUUUGUAUUGCAACCAUAUCUCAAGUAUCUCCCCCAAGGCCUUCCAGUCCUUGCACAGCAUACGAUCAGUUAAUCUGUCCGCUAACCAGUUACAUCAAAUUGCAGACAUUGUUCCGAUCUUAAAACUUCCGACUUUAAUUGAUUUGUCCCUUGUGUAUAACAACCUCACCUCCUUUCAGUCCGAUGACAUGCCUUUUAAUGUCUCAAACCUCAAAUCUCUGCAGCUUGAUAUGAACCCACUGAGUAGGUUCAGCAUUACGAAAGACGUCUUUCCUCAUCUGCAGGAUCUAUCCUUUGGCAAGUGUAGCUGUGACAUUGAGUUGGAUAUAGCAAAUAAGACCUUUCUGAGGAGCUUAACUAAUUUGUUCUUUGGUGGAACGUAUAUUAGCUUUGAGGCGUACAGAGCGGUGCUGGAGAGAGUUGACUCAUUACAAAAACUUGAGAUGGACACUAUGAAGGCGUGGAUAGAUGAAGGUCUCAUAGACAUCGCCUGCCGAAUCCCUUCUCUAAGAAGUCUUGAGGUAAUGUUUAGCAGUAUUGUCACCAUAGAUGAUAACCUACUACGUUCUUGUUCUCAGCUUACUGAGCUUGCUUUAUCUAAUAAUAAAUUGUCUGAGCUGUCUGAGCACUCACUCAGAUCAAUGACAAAGCUCAGGAGUCUGGAAUUGCAGAGUAACAAACUGUCUAAACUGCCACUUGCAGUCCGAGGACUCUCCACAUUGGAAAUCUUGGAUCUGAGCUUUAACUUCAUCAGUGAGGUUGACUGUUAUGACUUCUUGGAUUUGACAAGAUUAACAGGACUUAAUCUGGAAUAUAAUCACAUUUUAAAACUUAAAGAAUGUGCUUUUCAAAACCUGAAGAAUUUGAAAAUCCUUAAUCUAGCAGGAAACUCUAUUUUUACUUUGGACAACACCUUCAAGGUUAAUUUGGACAAACUAGAAUCUUUGAAUUUGCACAAUAAUGGUCGCUUAAUGUUCAUGCAAGGAGACUUUAUGAAUCUUUCUUCCCUCUGUGUUUUGGAUUUAGAAUCAGAUAAAUAUUACAACAUAUAUAGCGGGGCUUUAGAAGGACUCGAUAAUCUCCAAACUCUUGGUCUUUCGGCUUUUAAGAACAGAGAAGAUAUUUUCAGAGGACUACCAAAAUUAGCAAAUCUGACUCUACAUCUUAUGUUUAACUGGAACCAAAAGAGUUCUCAACAAAAUGAUGAACCACCUUUCUCAAAUUUACCUAACUUGAAGAAGCUUGUACUCAAAGUUUACGACAACUAUUAUACUGAUAUUUCACCAGAUCUGCUCAAGGGACUGAAAUCUUUAGAGUACUUAAUGACUGAGAAAUUCUUCACAGAGUCAUUGCACCCGGACACAUUUAAAUACACUCCUCAACUGAAGGUUCUUCAGAUAAUCCACAGUGAUCUGUCAGAUUUAAGCCCUGAACUGUUUUGGCCAAUCCCAAACCUGCGGGAACUCGAUCUUUCCAACAAUAAAUUCAGGUCUUUGGAUUUCCUGGCUGGCGCCAAUCUGCCGGGGCUCAGCUGGCUAAAACUCACCAAGAAUGCGUUGUCGGUCAUCAACGAGACAGUCUUCCAAUCCCUCCAUGCCUUGACAUAUCUGGACCUAAGUGGCAACCCUUUAACAUGCGAAUGCUCUAAUUCUGGCUUUAACCAAUGGGUGCAGAGCAACAACCAGACACAGGUUGUCAAUGGCCACCAGUAUACUUGCACCUUUCCUGUGAGCCUACAAGGAGACAACUUCCUGGACUUUGACAUCCACUCCUGCUGGAUAGACACUAGCUUCCUCUGCUUCAUUUCCAGCACUUGUCUGAUCUUGCUUACCCUGCUUGCAUCCUUCAUGUACCACUUCCUGAGGUGGCACCUAGUUUAUGCCUACUACCUCUUCUUGGCCUUCCUCUACGAUAAGAAGAGGAGAAGGAAGGGCACUCCUUCCCUCUACGAUGCUUUUGUCUCCUACAAUGUUAACGAUGAGGCCUGGGUCUACAGAGAGAUGCUUCCAGUGCUGGAGGGGGAGCAAGGCUGGAGACUCUGUCUGCACCACAGGAACUUUGAACCAGGUAAACCCAUCGUAAACAACAUUACAGACGCCAUCUACGGCAGCAGGAAGACCAUCUGCGUGAUCAGCCGGCACUACCUGCAGAGCGAGUGGUGCACCAGAGAGAUCCAGAUGGCCAGCUACCGUCUGUUCGACGAGCAGAAGGACGUGUUGAUCCUGCUGUUUCUGGAGGAGAUCCCGGCCCGGCAGCUGUCUCCGUACUACCACAUGAGGAGUCUGGUGAAGAGGCGCACCUACCUGAGCUGGCCACAAGCCGGUCAGCACACCGGAGUCUUCUGGCAGAACGUACAGCGGGCUCUGAACACCACUGAAAGUCCCACUGAGCGCACACACCUCCUGAGUGGAAGCCCAAGCUUAAUUUAGUAAAGGUUCAACUGUACAAGGAACUCAGUAACUGCAACAAGUUUG